AUGCCACAAUUAGUACCUUUUUAUUAUAUGAAUGAAGUAGUCUUUGCUUUUAUAAUAAUUGUAUUAGUUCAUUAUAUCUUCUCUAAAUAUAUUUUACCUGGAAUGGUUUACUUAUUAGUUUCUCGUAUAUUUAUAGUAGAAGAUUUAGAAGAUAUAUUUUACUAA